AUGGUGCCGUUUGAGGCUUUGUAUGGGAGAAGGUAUAGAUCUCCCAUUAGGUGGUUUGAUGCAUUUGAGGUGAGACUAUGGGGUACUGAUCUAUUGAGGGACUCAUUAGAGAAGGUCAGAUUCAUUCAGGAGAAACUUAUAGUGGCUCAAAGCAGACAAAAAGAGUAUACGGAUCAUAAAGUUAGAGAUAUGCACUUUAUAGAGGGUGAGCAAGAAUUGCUCAAGGUGUCACCUAUGAAGGGUGUCAUGCAUUUUAGGAAGCGAGUCUUGUUAGAUGAAAACCUCUCUUAUGAAGAGAAACCUGUUGCUAUUCUUGAUAGAGCUAUUCGUAAGUUGAGGACUAAGGAGAUUGCGUCUAUGAAGUUAAUCAGUGAUUUUGCAAGUAUAAAGGUGAUGAGAAGGAAAGAAGUAGAAUUGAGCUUAAAAGAGAUCAAUAAGGAAAGAGAAGUGGAAAAGCUGGAAAACCCUGAGCAGAAAGUGGUCACAGUUACAGCGAUCGCGGUCAGAGGCUUGCGAUCAUAG